UAUGAGAGCCAGUCGACCAGGCGGUCAAAAUGUUAAUAAAACAGAAAGUGCUUGUGAACUACUCAUAGUCCGGCUGGAAUUCAAGUUGUAAAUAUGUAAGACAGAAGUGUAAGAGAAAUAGGAAAGGAUGGCUCGCAUUAGGAAAAGUUAAUUUGCUGGAUCUGUUAGAAGUGAUAAAAAUCAGAACCUACAAUUUUCCUUAGGACAAAUUGCUGAUCAUAGAACUAACUUACAAUGUAUGGUAUGGAAAAAUGCCAUCUGGAGAACUAAUAAGCGAAUUCAUUUUAAAAUAUUAUGA